AUGUAUUCUGAAACCCUGAAUCUGAAACCACCUAUCAGUGUAGCAGCUGUAUUGCGAGAAUUCAGAUACAAUGACAUCAUCUGCAUCGAUUCGACACGUGUGGUUCUGAAGGAUAGACCGUCAGAUGAUGACUAUAUUCACGCGAGUUGGAUGACGAUGCCAGACCAAUUUAAAUACAUAUGUACGCAGGUAGAGAAAGAAACUUUGCCACUUGAGUAA